AGGCCAUGCAGAUUUCGGGUGAACCGGCCUGUGGGGAGAUCCCUGGACAUCGAUUGCUGGUUUCUGAUACUCUGUUACUGUCACCCUGCCCUGCUGCUUGAAUUGUACCAAGACGUCGCUCCGUUUUACCGCUUGCUGAGAGACAACCCCAUGGUCUGGAAGCAUAGUAGAAUCAACUGCUUUGGACACGCACUUCCUCAACCGCCGUCAGACCUCAGCGAGUUCCAAUACGCCCGUUUGCGACACGGCACUGGUUGCAUGAGCUGCGGCCGUUCAGCUAGCAGGAAGACGUAUUGGGCCUUUCUCCGCCGGUGGUGCAAGGCUUGCUUCCAAUCCAAGACAAUCCCACAGGAGGAGACAGUGCCAUUCUUCAGAGAUCAGAACGGUCAGGACCUGUUCUAUCUCCAGAGCUGUCUCGAUUUUGCCUAUAUCGACUCGUGGGGGAAUUACGCAGGAGUGGCCCCGUACUUUGCCCAAAGCUGGUCCUCUGUGCAGAGGCCUCAUAAGAUUGUUUACCUACGACGGGACGUCCAAGCAAUAGUUGAAGAAUAUGCACAGCGAAGCCGUGAGAACCCGGCUCCAUGGCCCGCCGAUGCGGGUUCGUGGGCGACUACGAAAAGUGACGCAGCCGCACGCCGACGUCGAUUUGCUCACGACAUGGAGCGAUGGGAGGUUACCUGCCGUACAGAGAAGAGGCAAGACAAUUCAUGUAGGAAAGCCCAGCGCAGGGAGUAUUUCGUGAACAUGGCCCUUCAGCUCUCGCCGCCCAUCACUCUGCAGGAAAUGGAGAAGUGUCCCUCGUUCCUACGGGCAAUUGCUAUUCCCAGAGAGCCAAAGAACUCUUCGUGGAUGCAACUGAGACCGAAGCUGGAGCUGGAGGUGGAGCAGUUG